AUGAGUCGGCAAGAAAAUCGAGAUGAGAGGAUACAUCAAAAAUUGAUGGAAUCAGACAGCGAAAAUGAGUUCCUGUUAGAAAGCAGUGAAAAUGAAGAUCAUUUGAGUGUACGCAGUUGCGGUAGUGAUACUGAGCAGAACAUAAGCAGUGAAUAUGACAGCGAAGAUGACCUUCCGAUAUCGAGCUUGCGAAGCCAGAAUCAAAUUCUGCUUGAAGAAGAGAAAUUAGAUGCCCAGGUGAGGGAUUCGUUUUAUACUGGUAAAGAUGGCUCCAAGUGGUUCAAAAAUCCGUGA